AUGCCCCCCUCCCCUGCCGCCGAUCCCCAUUCCACGCGACCCCCAUAUCACCAAACAGCUCCAACCCAAUGCCCUCCGCUGGUCUUCAAGCGAUCACGGCCGUCAAGCCCCCGCGUCGAGUUCUCUGCCCCUCUGAGAGCUUCCUUCCAUGAAGGCCUCCUCCCUCCUGGCGGACAGGUGAAGUUGAACGACGUUGUGGGUAGUGGGAUCUCUGGGAUCCUCUAUAAGUGGGUGAAUUAUGGGAAAGGAUGGCGGCCUAGGUGGUUUGUUCUUCAGGAUGGCGUGCUCUCCUACUAUAAGAUCCAUGGCCCUGAUCGCAUCGAGGUUAAUAAGGAGACGGAGAAGGGAUCGAAAGUCAUCGGCGACGAGUCGAUCCGCCGCAUCGGUCGCCAUAGAAAACAUCAUUGUUCACACCUCCGACGGAAGCCUAUCGGUGAGGUUCAUCUCAAGGUGUCGUCCAUAAAGGAGAGCAGAUCGGAUGACAAGCGAUUUUCAAUAUUCACGGGAACGAAGACGCUGCACCUGCGGGCGGAGACGCGGGAGGAUAGAGGAUCGUGGAUGGAGGCUUUGCUUGCCGUGAAGGAGAUGUUCCCGAGAAUGUCCAACAGCGAGUUGAUGGCCCCCGUGGAUGGGCUUGUGGUGUCCACGGAGAAACUGAGGCAGAGGUUGCAGCAGGAGGGACAUGUGGUCAAUGCUGCGUCAGAUGAAGUUAUCAACUAUUUAAAUCUUUAUGUUCGUAAUAGAAUUGGCAACCAUUUGAAACUUCUUCAAUUUGUGUUUCUGGCACAGACCAGGGAAGCAAUUUCUUGUUCCUAUACAGAAAAGGUUGAUUUGGAGAAUACCCUGGUUGAUGAGAGCCAAAAACAGGCAAAAGAUGAUGAAUCUGCUUCUAGAUCACGGCAAGAGAAAUCUAGUGCAUGUUUUGUUUGCUUCUAUUCAUCUUUUGUCGGCUUCUAUGCAUUUUUUGUGACUGGAACCUGA